GGGGCAGGGCGGGGCCGGGCUCUGGGAGGAAGCGGCGCGCGGGUGCAGACUAGGUGCAGACCCGCGGGGACCCGCGCGCGGAGGCUCCCAGAACUUGCUGCACCCGCGACGCGUGGCGCUCGCUGCCCGCCGCCAUGCCCUCCUACACCGUCACCGUGGCCACCGGCAGUCAGUGGUUCGCUGGCACCGACGACUACAUCUACCUCAGCCUCGUGGGCUCCGCGGGCUGCAGCGAGAAGCACCUGCUGGACAAGCCCUUCUACAACGACUUCGAGCGCGGCGCGGUUGAUUCUUACGAUGUGACAGUGGAUGAAGAACUGGGUGACAUCCAGCUGGUCAAAAUCGAGAAGCGCAAGUACUGGCUUCAUGACAACUGGUACCUGAAGUAUGUCACGCUGAAGACACCCUACGGGGAUUACAUCGAGUUCCCCUGCUACCGCUGGAUUGCCGGCGAGGGCGAGAUCGUCCUGAGAGAUGGACGAGCAAAGUUGGCCUGCGAUGACCAAAUUCACAUUCUCAAGCAGCACAGACGUAAAGAACUGGAAACACGACAAAAACAAUAUAGAUGGAUGGAAUGGAACCCUGGCUUCCCCUUGAGUAUCGAUGCCAAGUGCCACAGGGAUUUACCUCGCGAUAUCCAGUUUGAUAGUGAGAAAGGCGUGGACUUUGUUCUGAACUACUCUAAAGCGAUGGAGAACCUGUUCAUCAACCGCUUCAUGCACAUGUUCCAGUCUUCCUGGAGCGACUUCGCCGACUUCGAGAAAAUAUUUGUCAAGAUCAGCAACACUAUUUCUGAGCGGGUCAUGAAUCAUUGGCAGGAAGACCUCAUGUUUGGUUACCAGUUCCUGAACGGCUGCAACCCCGUGUUGAUCCAGCGAUGCACAAAGCUGCCCGAGAAGCUCCCGGUGACCACGGAGAUGGUGGAAUGCAGCUUGGAGCGGCAGCUCACUUUGGAGCAGGAGGUUGAGCAAGGGAACAUCUUCAUCGUGGACUUUGAGCUUCUGGAUGGCAUCGAUGCCAACAGAACAGACCCCUGCACACUGCAGUUCCUGGCUGCGCCCAUCUGUUUGCUGUACAAGAACCUGGUCAACAAGAUGGUCCCUAUUGCCAUCCAGCUCAGUCAAGUCCCAGGAGAAGAGAACCCCAUUUUUCUCCCUUCGGAUGCGAAAUAUGAUUGGCUCCUGGCCAAAAUCUGGGUACGUUCCAGUGACUUCCACGUCCACCAAACUAUCACCCACCUUCUGCGCACACACCUGGUGUCCGAAGUUUUUGGCAUCGCCAUGUACCGCCAGCUGCCCGCCGUGCACCCCAUUUUCAAGCUCCUGGUAGCUCACGUGCGGUUCACCAUCGCCAUCAACACCAAGGCCCGAGAACAGCUCAUCUGCGAGUUCGGCCUCUUUGACAAGGCCAACGCCACAGGGGGCGGUGGACAUGUGCAGAUGGUGCAGAGGGCCAUGCAGGACCUGACCUAUGCCUCCCUGUGCUUUCCUGAGGCCAUCAAGGCCCGGGGCAUGGACAGCACACGGGACAUCCCCUACUACUUCUACCGGGAUGACGGGCUCCUGGUGUGGGAGGCGAUCAAGACGUUCACAGCUGACGUCGUGAGCAUCUACUAUGAGAGUGACCAAGUGGUGGUGGAGGACCAGGAGCUGCAGGACUUCGUGAACGAUGUUUAUGUGUACGGCAUGCGGGGCAAGAAGGCCUCAGGGUUCCCCAAGGCCAUCCAGACCAGGGAGAAGCUAUCUGAGUACCUGACGGUGGUGAUCUUCACAGCCUCAGCCCAGCACGCAGCGGUGAACUUUGGCCAGUAUGACUGGUGCUCCUGGAUCCCCAAUGCCCCCCCAACCAUGCGGGCCCCACCACCCACAGCCAAGGGUGUGGUCACCAUCGAGCAGAUCGUGGACACACUGCCAGACCGCGGCCGCUCCUGCUGGCAUCUGGGAGCAGUGUGGGCGCUGAGCCAGUUCCAGGAAAAUGAGCUGUUCCUGGGCAUGUAUCCAGAAGAGCAUUUCAUUGAGAAACCUGUAAAAGAGGCCAUGGCCAGAUUCCGCAAGAACCUCGACACCAUCGUCAGCGUGAUCGCUGAGCGCAACAAGAACAAGAAGCUGCCAUAUUACUACUUGUCCCCAGACCGGAUUCCCAACAGCGUGGCCAUAUGAGUAGCUGCCUGAGCCUGCCUCCCUCCAGGAUGGCCACCUGCUCAAGGCUUUGCUGGACACCCAGUCUCCCCAACCUGCCCUGAUCCAGGGGCUCGCAGGGUGGCCCCACAGCAGGCUGCCAGCAGUUUGCUGCCCCUGGCUUCCCAGGAUUCCUGGGAAUUCUGCAUUAUAACGAAGCUUCCUAUUUUAUUCCUCAGUCUUUAGUGAAUCCCAUACUCUGAUCAAAGUGUAAACACUGCAGGGACCCCUCCUACACAGAGCAGAGUGGUGUAGCUUCCUGUCCUCUACCUAGCUCAGUAUUUCCACACCAGGGAGCAACGGCAAAUCAGGAUAACUGAUAGAUGUGUCUUCUUAUCUGACACAUGGAAUGAUUACUUUCUGUUCUAUUUAUGCUUAGUUCAAUUUCUUACAUAUAGUAGAUACCCAAAUAAAUUCUUAUUGAACAAAUUAA